AUCGCGAUUCGCACUCUCUGAAGUCAAGGCGCACAGUUCGGGUGCCGAGGCUUUCUUACCUAGGUGUGAAACCAUGAAUCUGUCCAUCACGGAAGGAGCAGCAAUCAGCUGCAGACAUCAAGCUCCUUCGUGUCUUAGUAACUUGAUAUCCGGUGAACUCUACGAGGAACGCGGGACCGUCUUCGGCGCUGAAAAUGCCUUCGAUUUGGCACUCGAAUGCUGCAUGGAAACGGAGCAGGCGUAAUUUCGAUCCUGGCUGGGUUUCGCGGGACACCCUGUUGCGCACAGGUCGAUCGAUGUGAUGAUCAGACUCUUCAUCGUCCUUCAUCAGGUGGAGCAUGACCAUGCCGUCCGUCACAGCAUCCUUGAGGUCCGCAUCGGCAAGUCUAUCUACAAGGAUGUACGCAUCUGCGGUCCUUACCCACGGUUCUUCGUCCUCGAGCUGCUCUUUAGGGCCCAUGCCGAGCACGAUCCUGCGCUGGUGUAUCCAAUUCGCGGAAAUUUCGAAUACCCCGGGAUGGACGUCGACCGGUUUGACGGCCCGUGUAUCGUUCCCAAGCCAGCCGUCUCGCAACGCGCGACGGAAAGAAGUCGGAAUUGUCGGCCAAGCGCGUCCUGUCGAUGUGGAACAAUGUUUGCGACGAUCCCACUCCAAUAUUUAUUGGGUCGGAUGAGAAACUGGUUUGGCAUUCGGUUAGGCAUGGUCGGUUCAUGCGGACAGGGAACUUGGAUACUUGAUGGCGUUACCAAUUGGCACCUCGCAAUGAUAGAAACCCAUCCUUCCGAUGUCUCCACGCUUCCUCAUCUUGUUGCUUAAGAACAGGGAUAUUUCUCUAUUCGGUGCCGAUCAAG